UUCAACAGUGAGACUAAAAGCACUCUAACCAUUCCCUCUAUUAACUAUGCUCAAAAUGUCGACCACAAUGGCCUCCAAUGCGGGCUAAGAUGGGUUUUGCCGCUCAAGAAACGUACGUACUGCGCACUCGAUUAUCACUAGUGUCAACAAAUAUCCAUAUUUACAAGUAUGUUUGCUUAAGGUCAGAUUUUCUGACCAAUCGAUGACCUACUUAAAGGUAUAUAUUUGUAAUAUAUACAAUAUGAGUGGCCGUGUUCUAUCAGAUAUACGACCACGAGCCGAAGGCGAGUGAUUGUUUAAAUUGAAUUUGGCUAAGAAAAUUGGAGUUAAAGUUUAUGCAAAUCAGGACGAAUUUGUAUCAGAUAUACAACCUCCUCCACGGACAAUGGUUUCUAUUGUGUUUUCCUCAUUAAUUGUUCAUGAGUUUUAUGAGGUCGGCUUAAAAGCAAUCGGACGUAUGUAACGGGCAGUACUCUUAACCUUAAACUUCGACUUCUCUAUUCUCUUUCAACUGGUUAAUUCUUCUCGAAAAUCCCAUUGUGAAAAUGACGAAAACGUUUUUGACGUUGCUGCUGGUCGCAGCCAUAGCAAGUUGUUCAGUCAAUGCUGUCAUCAAGAAGCAACCACACAAGAAAGUCCUGAUUCUUGGUGCUGGUCUCUCUGGGAUUAUUGCUGGUAAAACUUUGAUGGACAAUGGAGUCGAUGACUUUCUGAUCCUUGAAGGACAGGACUACAUUGGAGGCAGGAUAAAACAGGAAACCUUUGGAGGUUAUAACAUUGCAAUCGGACCGAGCUGGAUUCAUUUUGCAGCCGAUGAAGCAACAGUUCCGAUUUGGAAUCUCAAGAAGGACACCAACCUGACAGGGGUGUACAGCAACUACACAAAUAUUAUCAUUAGGAACGACACAGGAGCAAACAUUACGGACAUCGAAAGUUUUCACAAAUUAAAAAAGAUUUUAGAAAAAGUGGAAGACAAGCAGUUAGAAAGAAAACAUAUUAAGAAGACUCCCAUCUCGGCUCGUAUCGGUCUGGCGCUCAUGGGAUGGAAACCAAAGACUGCAGCAGAGAAUCUCAUCGAAUACUUAGACGUUGACUUUGAGCUGGGCAAAAGGGCUGAAUUGGUCCCAUUCAGGGAGUUGUUUGCGAAGGAACCUGAUUUUUUCGUGACUGACCAAAGAGGAAUGUGGACUCUGUAUAAGGGUAUCUACAAGACGUUUGAAGACAAGAUCAAACUGAACAAAACCGUGACAGAAGUGAAGUACAACUCGACUUCAGUCCAGGAUCUCGAGAGGCCAGGAAUGUUCCCGAACGGCAGUGGAAUGCUGUUGAUAACAGUCACAGAUGAUGAAGGAAGAAGAAUAGAAAAACAAUCUUUCGAGAAAACCAAAGCAGAGAUUGUCGAGUUGUUAAGAGGUGUCUACGGACCGAAUAUUUCUGAGCCAACAGAUAUCUACUAUAMUCGUUGGUCUUUGAAUCCUUACAUUCGUGGGUCGUACUCAGACGGUACCAUCGGCAUGUCAUCCAAAGACUUCAAAAACCUCGCCAAAAACCUUGGAGCCCUUUACUUCUCCGGCGAAGCAAACGACGAAGUUUGGUACGGAUACAUGCAAGGUUCGCAUAUCACGGGCGAAGAAAAAGCGAAAGCUAUUGUCCAGAUGAUGAAGUGUAGAGAAGCAGGAAAAACUGACUGUGGUGACAUCAAAGACCCGAAAGGCACCGCCAAUUCUAUCGCAGUUUCAAUGCUACUUCUGUUAUUCUCUUUCACUUUGCAACUUUUUUACUAAAAAACUCGAUACGGGUCAUUCGUAUGCUGAUAAAUAGUAUGUGUGUGUUUGUUUGUUCUUUUGUUUUUGUUUUUGCCAAUUACCAUGACAAGCUUCAAAAAAUCCAUUGAAAGAAAUCUAAGACAAAUCCCAUCUCGUCUUGUAUCCAAAUCUGUUAAAAACUGAGUCUUUUUUUUCCUAAAAACGGUACAAAGCUUAGCUCUCUUUCGCGUUAGCACUGUCGUAUUCUCUCGAGGCUAUUUCGUCAAGCCUUUCAGAAGGUUGUUUUUAAAAUUAAGAACUUCCCCCGGUCGCAUUAAAAGGUUUUUCUUGUUCAAAAGAAAGCCAUGUAAUCUAAACGAGGAUUAAAAACCGGUUGUUAAAGUGCUA